AUGGAGAAGCUCAAACUCGGUUCACAAGCUAAAGCUGCAGACAGAGAACUUCAAACAGCUAAAGCAGCAUCAGAAGAAUUAGCGAAGACAAACGAACAACUUGAUAAUCUCAACAAAGACAAAGACAACAAGAUUAAAGAACUCCAAAGUAAGGUCAAUGAUCUUGAAAAGAAAUCCAAUCAACUUGAUGAUGCCAAUUCUCGCAUCAAAGAACUCGAAGAUGAACUCACAGAAUCCGAAACAUCUAAAGAUGAUCUUUCCAACAAACUCAAUGAUUUACAGAAGAAACUCAAUGAAUUACAGAAGAAGGCAAAUCAACUUGACCAAGCCAAGAAGGAUCUCGCUGAUUCACAGCAAGAAAACACUGAGAAACAGAAGGAAGUCGAUGAUUUGAAGACACAACUUCGUGAUCUUGAGAAAGAGAUGAAGCAACUUCAAAAGAAGAAUGAUGAUCUCGAGAAAGCUAAUAAGGAUCUCCAAGAGAAGUUAGAAGACAGCAUGAAACAAGAGAGCGAACUUUCCAAGAAGGAUCAAGUUCUCGCAAAUCUCAAGAAGGCCCUUGCAGAUGCUACAAACAAGGUCAAGGAUCUCGAGAACCAGUUGAAUGGAUCCAAUGACAAGGACAUCGCUGCUAAAGAACGCGAAAUUGAGUCCCUCAAGAGUCAAUUAGAAGAUGCAUUACGUGAUCUUUCUAAUGUUAAAUCAGAACUUGACAACGCAAAGAAUGAACUUAAACAACUUCAUUCAUCAUAUGACAACUUGAAUAAUGAACACAAAUCACUUGAAUCCGAGAAAGAAGAUCUUGAAAACGAACUCAACAAUGCAAACUCCACAAUUAAUUCUAAAGAUAAAGAACUUUCUAAAUUACAACGUGACAACGAACGUCUUCAAAAUGUCAACAAAGAAAACGACGAUUUGAAGAAAGAAAACAAAUCACUUGACGACGAAAUCCAAACAUUGAAGAACUCUAACAAUGAUCUCAACAACAAAUUACAAAGAGAGCAAAAUCAAAACAAGUUACUUCAAGCUGCCAAUGACACAUUAACCAAUGAUAACAACGAUCUCAACGACAAAUUAACUAGCUCCAACAACGAUAGAAUCAAGGCAGAGUCAAAGGCCAACACAGCUGAAAGAGAACUCAUUAAUGCAAUUGCUGAAGGAGAAGAACUCAAACAGACCAACAAACAACUCAAUGGCCAACUCAAUGAAAUGAACAACAACUACAAGGAACUCCAAGGCAAACUUAAUGACCUCGAAAAGAAGGCAAAUCAAUUAGAAAAUGCCAACCAGAGAAUCCAAGACUUGGAGCAAGAAUUGGCUGAAUCUCAAGCAGAAUCCAAUGGAAAGGAUGCAAAGAUCAACGAGCUCCAGAAGAAGGCAAAUCAACUCGAACCAACAGAGAAGAAACUCGUUGAUAAACAGAACGAAAACGACAAGCUACAGAAAGAACUUGAUGAACUCAAAGAUAAGUAUGAUCAACUGGAGAAAGCUCUCAAAGCUGCUGAAAAUCGUGUCAAGGAACUUCUUUCACAAAAUGAGAAGUUGGAGAACAGUUUGGACAACGCAAACAAUCUUAGCCUUCAAAAGGGAGAUGAACUUUCUAAGCGCAAUGAAACACUUGCAGAUCUCAAGAAGCGUAACCAAGAAUUAGAAGCAAGAGUUAGAGAUCUCGAGUCACAAAACGAUGACGAGAAAGAUAAUGAACUCGCUGCUAAAGAUUCAGAGAUCCAGAACUUGAAGUCACAACUCGAACAAACAAAGAAGGACCUCAAUGAUACACAAGAAGACCUUAAGACUGCUAACAAUGAUUUAUCUGCUAAAGAUAAAGAAAUCCAGAAAUUGAAGAGAGAUAACGAGAAAAUUGCCAAACUCAAUGAAGAUCUCAAGGAAGCGAACGACGAAAUCAAGAAGCUCGAAAAUGAAAAGGAUGAUCUCCAGUCACAGCUCUCCGAUAAAGACAGCAAACUCCAGAACGCAAUGCGUGAAAAGGAUAGAGCAAAUAAUGAAAAUGCAACUCUCAAGCAACAAAUCAAUGAAUGUGAUGAAAAACUCAAGAAGGAAACAGGAGAAAAGAUCAAACUCAACGGCCAAAAGGGUGAUCUCGAGAGAGAACUCGCUACAGCAAAUGCUUCUGCACAACAACAGAAGGAGGCCACUGAAUUUGCUCAACAACAAGUUCAAGAGAAAGAUGCAAGGAACAAGGAAUUACAAAACAAGAUCAAUGAUCUCCAAAAGAAGGCAAACGCUGCAGAUAACCUUCAACAACAAGUUGAUCAGCUCAAGUCAAUGUUAGAUGAUGCAAACAAGUCUAUCAAUGAUAAAGACAGCCAAAUCAAUGAAAAGCAGAAGGAACUUAUUGAAACAAGAAAGAAGGCAAGUGCUCUUGAACCAACAAAACAAUCUCUCAAGGAUACACAAGCAGAAUUAACAGAGAAACAGAACGAUCUUAAUAAUGCAAAUAAUAAGAACCGUGAACUUGAGAGAGAACUCAAAGAACUUAAGAAACAAAUUGGAGAUCUCAACAGAGAAAAUAAUGAUCUCAAGGAACAGCUAGAUGACAAAGUUAAAAAUGAUGACAUUAUUGAGAAACUUCGCAAACAAAUUGAUGAAUUGAAUGCAAAGAUCCAAGAGUUGCAAUCACAGAAACCAGUUGAUAACUCAAGUGCUCUUGAAGAGAAGAUCAACGAACUCCAGAAAGCCAAGCAAGAACUUGAAGAAACAGAGAACAAACUCAAGGACACAACUGAUGAAUUAAUGGCUAAAGACAAAGAACUUCAGAAGGCAAAUCGUGGACUUGAACAUCUCGAUCAAUUAACUAGAGAUCUCGAAGUUGCUUUGGCUGAAAAUAAGAUUGCUGAUGCUGAAAAUUCAGAAUUGAAGACACAACUUGCAAACAAGGAUAACGAACUCCAGAAAGCCAAGCAAGAUAACACACGUCUUCAGUCAAAUAAUGAACAAUUAACAGCUAAUUCUGAUGAUCUCAACAAGAAAUUGACUGAUGCCACUAAAGAUAACAUCAAAUUAAAUGGCCAAGUCAAAGAUCUCGAACGUCUUCUUCAAUCUAAAGAAGCAGAACUUGAUCAACAAAAUCAAUCAGUUGAACAACUUAAGUCACAAGUUACUGAUAAAGAUGACAAACUCAAGGAAUUACAAUCCAAACUUAAUGAUCUUCAGAAGGAAUUAAGUGAGAAAGAACGUCUUGAAAAUCUCGCUAAUUCACUUCAGUCAAAGUUAGAUGAUGAAAUCAAGUCUAACAACGAGAAAUUGAAUCAACUCAAUGAGUUGGAGAAGCAGAUGAACGAAGUCCAAAAGAAGGCCGAUAAACUUCAACCAACACAAGACAAACUUAAGUAUGCACAAGAUGAAUUAACUGAGAAACAGAAAGAACUUGAUGCAUCUAACGCUAAUAACCGUGAUCUUCAGAAACAAAUUAAAGAUCUCAAGAAACAAAAUGAUGACUUGGAUGAGCAGAAACAGAAAUUAGAAGAGCAGUUAGAUAACAAUGUUAAGGCUGGUGAUGUUAUUGGAAAUCUUAGAAAACAAAUUUCAGAAUUACUUGCAAAGAACAAAGAUCUUGAAGCCAAGAACAAAGAUAACAAUGGUGAUGAACUCGCAGCUAAAGAAGCAGAACUUGAAUCUCUUAAGAACCAACUCGAACAAAUUAAGAAGGAUCUUGAAGAGAAAGAAGAAGAACUCAAGCAAGUUAAUGAUAACUUAUCUGCUAAAGAUAAGGAACUUCAGAAGUUGUCAAGAGAAAACGAAAAGAACUCUAAACUUCAGAAGGAUCUUGAAGAUGCAAACAACCAAAACAAGAAACUUGAUGAUGAAAACAAUGAUCUUCAGUCUCAGUUGAGCACUAAAGACAUUGAGUUACAGAAGGCACAAAAGGAAGCAGGAAGACUCCAGAAUCUUGUUCAAAAACUCGAGGAACAGAACAAGGAUCUCUACAACAAACUUGAUGAAGAAACAGCCGAAAAACUCAAAUCAAAUGGCGAAGUAAGAAAUGCUCAAUUAGAACUCGCAAAGACCAAGGCUAAUGCAGAAGAUCUCUCAAAGGAGAACGAGCAUCUCCAAGAGCAGAACAAUGAGAAAGAUUCAUUUAUCAAUGAACUCCGUGCCAAGGCUAAUGAAGCACAAAAGAAGGCCGGAGAAAACGAGAAGUUACAGAACCAAAUCAAUGAUCUUAACUCUCAAAUCGAUGAAUUAAACAACGCCAUUUCUGCACAGAACGAGACAAUCAAUGAUCUCAAGAAGAAGCUCAAUGAAGCACAGAAGAAGGCCAACCAAGUCGAACCACUUCAACAAUCUCUUUCUGACGCCAAAGAAGAAAACAAUGAGAAACAAGAGAAGAUUGAUGAACUCAACGAAAAACUCAGAAACGCUGAGAAACAGUUUAAGGAAGCUGACCAGAGAGUUAAAGAUCUCCUCACUGAACAACAGAGAUUGAAAGAUAGUUACGACAACAUCAACAACAUGAGCUUGCAGAAGGAAGACGAAUUAACAAAGAAAGAAAAUGAAGUUGACACACUCAAGAAAGCUCUUAAGGAUCUUCAGAACAAGACGAACGGAUCUAAUGAUAAAGAAAUUGCAGAGAAAGAACAAGAACUCGAGAAACAAUUAGAAGAUGCAUUACGUGAUCUUUCUAAUGUUAAAUCAGAACUUGACAACGCAAAGAAUGAACUUAAACAACUUCAUUCAUCAUAUGACAACUUGAAUAAUGAACACAAAUCACUUGAAUCCGAGAAAGAAGAUCUUGAAAACGAACUCAACAAUGCAAACUCCACAAUUAAUUCUAAAGAUAAAGAACUUUCUAAAUUACAACGUGACAACGAACGUCUUCAAAAUGUCAACAAAGAAAACGACGAUUUGAAGAAAGAAAACAAAUCACUUGACGACGAAAUCCAAACAUUGAAGAACUCUAACAAUGAUCUCAACAACAAAUUACAAAGAGCACAGCGCCAGAACGAACUUCUUCAAGCUGCCAAUGACACAUUAACCAAUGAUAACAAUGAUCUCAACAACAAAUUAACAGAAGUCACUAAAGAGAAGAUCAAUGCUGAUUCACUUGCAAAGGCCGCAGAAAGAGAAUUAAACAACUCAAUCAAUGAGAAAGAAGAACUCAAGGCAUCGAACCAGCAGCUUACUGAUCAACUCAAUGACUUAAUGAACAAGAACAAGGAUCUCAAGAAGAAGGCAAAUGAUGCAGACCGCCUUCAAAAUCUUGUUGAUUCACUCAAAUCACAAUUAGCAGAAGCACAAAAGAAGGCAAACACUGUUGUACAAAAUACACAGCCACAGCCACAAUCCAAUGAAUUAUAUGACCGCCAGUUAGAACAGCUCAAACAAGAGUUAGAACAACUCAAUGACAAGUACAAUGAAGCUGUUCAGAAGUACCAUGAUGCAGACAACUCUGCAAGGCAAGAGAAGCAGCAGCACGAUCUUGACAACAUUAAGAACAACGCUGCCAUUCAGAACAAACAGGAAACAAUUGAGAAUCUUGAGAAACAAAUUCAAGAACUCGAGAAGCAGCAAAACGCCCUCAAUGCUGCUAACGAGGAAGAACAGAAACAGCACAAAUUGGAUGCAAACAAGCUCCAGGAUGCUCUCAAGAAACUCAAGGAUGAGCAAGAGAAGAACUCUGACUUAGAAAAGCAGUUGAUUGCCAAGAAAGACGAGCUUGGCAAAGCAAACGACAGAGUUAAAGAAUUGCUCAAAGAAAACAACAAUCUCAAGACAGAAGCAAAGAACAACAAGGAUGUUUCUGAAUUCUAUCAGAACGAAAUUUCUAUGCUCGACAAAGACAACAAGGCAAAGCUUGAGGAUCUCAAGGAUCUCAACGCCAAACUCGCUGCUGAAAAGGCAGAAAAGAACAAAGUUGUCGCUGCUCUCGAACAGGCAAAUGCUGCAAACAAAGUUCUUGAAGAAGCAAACAACGAACUUAACAAGGAAUUGGCCGAAUUACAGAGCAGAUCCGAUUCUGGCUUACCAUUAGCCCAGAAACAAGAAGCAGAGAAACUCAGAAACAGAGUCAAAGAACUCCAGGACAAAGUUCGUGGUCUUGAAGCGGAAAAGAGACAAAUCAACGAUGAUGUCUCCGAUCUUCAGUCCAAACUUGAUUCAGCUAACUCUGAAAUCGCAGAUCUCAAGCAGAAAUUGGCUGCUGCUCAGUCUGCUUUAGGCGAACAGCAGAAGAAGGCUGAAGAUUUGCUUCAGAAGUUAAACAAGGCUGAACAAGAAAAUCAACAAAUUCAAGCUCAGAAUUCUAAUGAAUCCAAGAACAUAUCAGAUUUGGCAGAGAAGCUUAAGAACCUCCAGAAGAAGCUCAAUGACGAGAUGAAGGAGAAGGAGGCCCUUAAGUCCAAACUUUCUGCCGCUGAAAAGGAAGUUUCAGAUCUCAAAUCUAAAUUACAGCAACAGACAGAAGAAAACAAGGAUCUCAAGGCCCAACUUGCAGAAUCCGAAAAGAACGUCAAUGACCUCCAGUCUAAGCUCCAGGCCAAGAAUAAGGAAAUGGAUGAUCUCAAACAGCAACUUUCUGAUGCUGCCCAAGAGGUUAUCGCUGCACAGAAGAAGCUUGAAGAGGCUGAGAGACAGGAGAGCUCAGAUAUUGACGUUGUUGCAAGAGAUAUUGAAAUCGAAAACGAAUCUGACGACAACAAGCCACCACAAACUAUUACAGAAGACGAGGAAAUGACACUUCUUAAGACAUUCAAUGGACAUCUUAAGGAUUCUGUCAAGAAUAACAAGAAAUUACAGAACCAACUCAUGCUCGCUUGGGCGACAUGCCUUGUUUUGUUCUACAACUGCCUCAACUAA